CAACAGCCCAGAAUUCAAGGGUUCGUUGGUUAAAACGUGCGGGUGCCCUUCUGACAGGCCCUAAAGAGAACACCAGAAGUUCUCCUGUCUGUCAUUUUGCAAUUUCUCCAAGUAGAACAAAGCGAGCGAACUGCGAACCAAACACCGGCGAUAUCCACCAUGGCCACCAUCGCCGCCGCCGCCGCCGCUCGCUGGAGUUCCCCUGCCCACCUCCAGCUCCUUACCCGCCGCCGCCGCCUCCCGUUCUCCGCCUCCUCCUUCUCCUCCUCCGCCGCGCCGCCCGCUGCUGCGGCGGCUUUUGGCUGGGCCGACGCUCUCCGCGUCGCCGGGGACGGCGGGCGCGGCGACGAGGCCGACCUCUCCGGGUACUUCAGGAAGGUGGAUACCUGCAACCGCGGAAUAGACAAGAAGGGGGAAUUCGUGGAGUUCUUGGUGGAGGAUCAAGUCGUGGGAUACAUCCACAGGCGAUUUACCGAACAUCUCAGAGACUUCCAUGAUGUUUUUACCAUUGUCUCGGGCGACAAUGGCAGCAACACUUUGGAACAUGUGACUCUCCACUCAACGCUAAGGACACCAGAAGACAGAACACAUGCUAUUGGAUAUGUCGUAAAAAGCCUUGGAGAAAUGAUUCCAGGUAUUCGAAAUGAGCUGUACCCAGUAACAUCAUCUUAUGGCAUGCCUGUGUACUUCUCUCUGGAACGUGCUGCUGCUCCCUACUUUGGCAUAAAGGCUUAUGGAGUUCAUAUGAACGGGCAUGUUGAGAAGGAUGGUCAGAAAUUUCUUUGGAUUGCCAAGAGAAGUGAUAUGAAGCAAACAUAUCCGGGAAUGCUUGAUCAUCUUGUUGCUGGUGGGCUGCCAUAUGGAAUCUCCUGCAAAGAGAAUAUCAUCAAGGAAUGUGAAGAGGAAGCUGGAAUUCCAAGAUCCAUAUCAACCAAUGCUACUUCUGUUGGAGCAAUUUCUUACAUGGAUAUUGAAGGCUUUAGAUACAAAAGGGAUGUUCUCUUCUGCUAUGAUCUCAAACUUCCUGCAGAUUUUGUUCCUAACAAUGAAGAUGGAGAGGUUGAUAGCUUCAGACUAAUCCCUGUACCUCACGCUGCAACUAUUAUCCGGAGGACAGAAUUUUUCAAACCAAAUUGCAACCUUGUGAUCAUUGACUUCCUCUUCCGUCAUGGGUAUAUAAACCCAGAUUCUCGUGGCUACCUAAAUCUGCUACAAAGCUUGAGGAGUGGUGAUUGUUCUUAGCUCCAUUUUGCUUUUCAGAUUUCAGACAGCCAGCCCGUGAUUAUGAAUCACAAAAUCAUGGAGUAGGCCUGAAAGAUUGCUGAUCAUAAUAAAAAUUAGUCAUGGGACCCCAUUGUCAACUUUCAGUAUAAGCAGAGCAUUCUCUUCCAUUGAUUAGGGGUAGCAAUGGAUUUUCUUUAGGUUAGGGGAAAACAAAGGAAGAAAGGGGGCGGCAGAAUAAGAACUCAUGUUAUUCAAUUUGACAAUUUGUCCCAAUGUUUUUUCUGCAAUGCCAGUAUCUAUGUGUAGACGGUGCUUUGUAAAACUUGUUCAUGGUGUAGGUCACUAUAUGCUCGUGAUAUCAGUCCACAAUAAUUCGAAAUUCAUUAAAAUGUUAAUAGCUA